AUUUCCUCAUCACCUUGCAUAGUACUUAUGCACCUUACUAGCACUAUAAAUAUAUCCUUUGAUGAAGAGAUGAAAACAUCAUUGAUUAAUUAUUAACACUCUUAAUUCUACUUUUCAAGUGCAAGCCAAGUUUAUAUAUUUUCAGCAUGGCAGAAACUGGACGUCCCCUCCUUCAGCUAUCAUUUUUCUUGAUUGCUCUUGUUGUUAUAACUGCAGGUUUUGGAGUUAGAUCCUGUAGUUGUAGAUCUUGCUAAAGAGUAUUUUGAUUUUAGAGAUGAUGAACGUUUAAAGGUACACGUGACAGAUGGUUUAAAGUAUGUCAAGGAUGCAGCACUGAAGAAAUUGACAUGCUCAUCGUUGAUGUGGACUCUUCAGACUCGAGUUCUGGUUUAAGUUGUCCUGCUGCAGACUUCGUAGAAGAGUCUUUCCUUACGGCAGCAAAAGAUUCUCUUUCUGAUCAAGGCCUGUUUGCCAUAAACUUGGUAUCGAGGUCACAAGCCAUCAAGGAUUCUAUUUACUCCAAAUUAAAAUCGGUGUUUCCUCACCUCUUCCACCUUCAGCUGGACGAAGAUGUCAACGAAGUUAUUUUCGCUCUUAAGACAGAGACGUGUACCGUGGAGGAUAAAUUUCACGAGGCUUCUCAACAACUUGCCAGAUUAAACCUAGAAAACUCCUUGUGGGGCCAAAAUAUAUCGGAAGCCACUAACAAGAUCAAAAGGUUGAGAUGAUUUACACUCUGAUGAAUGCUACGAACAUGUUGCAAGCUGUCGUCGUUGCUGGUCAUUAGCAUGCCCAGGGGCAGAGCUAAAAGAUGUACGGGUUCGGCCCGAGGUAGAACGUAUAAAGUUCAAAUCCUGGCUCUGCCUCUGGCCAUCCCUGUUGAGGCUACCAAUGCAACGACAUAUUUCUUCUUAUUAAGUACUUCUACCUAUGCUGAAACACGGAUCUAAUCCGUGCGAGUUUGAUGUUUAUAUGCCUUCAGAUUUAAGAUUAGUGUUUACAUUGAUAUGUACAUUGGAUAAAAUCUGAUCGAUUGCUUGUCAAAGUUCUGAAAGGUGUUCAUAUGUAA